CCAGAGCACCGGCCACAGCUCCCCUCUCUCUUCUCUUCCGGACAACAACAAUGGCGGAUCCCGCAGACAUAACGGCUCCCUCCUCCCCCCCUCCGCAUCCCACCGGCGCGCCCCCCCCUCCUCCCAUGCCCGGCACCGACGGCUCCCAGCGGCUGCUCUUCUCACACGACCUGGUGUCCGGUUACUACCGGGGCCUGGCACGAUUCGGCCUGGUGCGGCUCAUCCACGGGGAGGACUCUGACUCGGAGGAUGACGAGGAGGUGGUGAAAGAAGAGGAGUCUGGCGGAGGGAGCAAGAAGGGAGGAGGAGGAGGGGGUGAAGGGGUCCAGGGGAGCCCCGGCUCGGAGGCUGCAGGGGAGGCGAGCAGGUUUGGGCCCCUGAAGAGGGGGUAUGUGCGGGUGCAGUGGUACCCAGAGGGCAUCAAGCAGGACGUGAGGGAGACAAAGUUAAAACUGGAAGACCGUUCACUAGUGCCCCGAGAUGUUGUACGACGAAUGGGCACAAAGGACAGCCAGUGUGGCACAGUGAUUGAUGUGAACAUUGACUGUGUAGUUAAACUGGUUGGCAUCAACUGCUUCCUGCACCCAGUCAACAGCAAGGACCUGCAGCACAUCUGGCCCAUCAUGUAUGGAGACUACAUCGUUUAUGAUUGCUGGCUGGGAAAGGUGUAUGACCUUAAGAACCAGGUCAUUCUUAAGCUGUCUAAUGGAGCCAGAUGUUCCAUGAGUACAGAAGAUGCAUCCAAACUGUAUGAUGUCUGUCCUCAUGCCAGUGACUCGGGCCUGUUCUUCGAUGAUUCUUAUGGCUUUUAUCCUGGGCAAGUUCUCAUCGGCCCAUCCAAAGUGUUUUCAAAUGUUCAGUGGCUCUCAGGGGUCAAGCCAGUUCUCAGUGCCAAGAGCAAAUUCCGUGUGGGUGUUGAAGAGGUGCAAGUAACAGAACUUAGAGUGACUUGGAUUACAAAAAGCUUUUGUCUUGGAGGUACAGAUUCUAUGGACCCACCAUCCUCAGUAAUAACUCAGGAGAAUGUAUCUAAGGUUAAGAGACUGGGCUCAUUUGACCACACUCAAAGGCCAUUAGGAGAAAGGUGUCUGUAUAUCUUCCCAACCAAAGUGGAGCCAACAAAAAUUCUUUGUGAGAGCCUUGAGAAGAACUGUCUAUUGGGGGAAGUAAAUGUCUCCAGAAAGCAGGUGGACAAGUUGAGAGAAAAGCAGAUUGUAAAGAUAAUCUCAUGCACUCAGGAGCCUUCCAGCCAAUCUGAGCUUCUGAAAAGAAACUCUGCGACACUUCCAGUGUUGCAAUUAUACUUAAAAGGUGCAGAGGGAGGGGAAGCUUCCAGUGAGCAGGUUGAAGAAGUUCCAGAGUUGCCCAAUUCUGAAGAGUGUUCUGGAAAAGAUCUACCACUGGGUACCUUCCGAGAGGUAUUCCACGAUUUCCAGGUGCACUCUACGGAGUUGGACGUAGAUGAUGAUGCUAAUGGAGAUACUGAUGACACUAGCUCCGUGACUUCCUCAGCAAGCUCAACAACCUCGUCCCAAAGUGGCAGUGGUACAGGGCGUAAGAAAAGUAUUCCACUGUCUAUACGAAACCUUAAGAGGAAGCAUAAGAAGAAGAAAAAAAGCAAAGUCUACAAAGCAUUCAAACCAGGAGACAGGGUGGCUGUAGAAGUAAUUACCACCGUAACUACAGCGGACGUUAUGUGGCAGGAUGGCAGUUUGGAGACAAAUAUCCGGUCCAAUGACCUACUGCCUAUUCAACACUUGGAUAACAAUGAGUUUUGCCCUGGAGACUUUGUGGUUGAUAAAAGAGCACAUGCUUCUCAGGAUCCCAGUGUAUAUGGAGUGGUCCAGUCUGGAGAUCACACAGGACGUACUUGUGUCGUAAAAUGGGUCAAACAGAAUCCUGACGAGAAUGAUGUAGAGGUUGUUGGGGAAGAAGAGGAUGUGAGUGUAUAUGAUAUUGCUGACCACCCAGACUUCCGCUUUCGAUCAACAGACAUUGUGAUAUUUAUUGGAUACUCUGAGCUAUCUGCCCUUCAAGAUGUCAGCAAGCCCUCUAUUGGACAGGUUGCUAAAGUGGACGUCAGCAGCAAAGUAGAAGUAAUCUGGCCAGAUAAUACACGGUCAAUUGUUCUUCCACAGCACCUGUACAAUGUGGAGUCUGAAUUAGAGGAAUCUUACUAUGAUUCUGUAGACAGCAGCUCUAGUGGUGCCUCUUCUGAUGAGUGGGAGGAUGAUAGUGAUAGCUGGGAGACGGACAAUGGGUUGACAGAGGAUGAAUAUAGUCGAACACUAACAGAUGAGGCAACUGAAACCCCAAGCCAGAGCCUAGCUGCAGAGGCAGCACCAGACACUAAAGAAGAAGAACCAGAGCAGAGCUCUGCAUCAGCUGUAGCCACUGCCCUCCGUAUACGUGAGCUGACUGUAAAAAUGAACGAGAAAGAAGUCAUUAUCAAAAGCUUUAAGGAGCUGAAGGAGGCUAUGAAAAUCUUGGAGAGCCUAAAGAAUAUGACAGUGGAGCAGCUUUUGUCUGGAUCCCCAACGUCUCCUACUGCUGAACCAGAAAAGUUCACCCGAGAGAAGAAGUUCCUGGAUGACAUCAAGAAACUGCAGGAUAAUCUCAAGAAGACCCUGGACAAUGUUGCCAUUGUAGAAGAAGAGAAGAUGGAGAUGGCAGCUGAGGGAGAUAAAGAAGAUAAAGCCGAGGCACAGACACCUGUUCGGUCGGAGUGGCCAAGUGAUACACCUGUACUGUGCCAGCAGAGUGGUGGGAAGCCAGGAGUCAUUUUCACCAGUGCCAAGGGAGAGGUGUUUUCUGUGUUAGACUCUGCACCAGAAAGUCAUGCAUUCAAAAAGGUGGAAUUCCAGCCAGCUGAAGCCAAGAAGUUCUUUAGCACUGUGCGCAAAGAGAUGGCACUCCUUGCCACAUCCCUUCCUGAUGGAAUCAUGGUGAAAACAUUUGAAGAUAGGAUGGACCUCUUCUCUGCAUUAAUCAAAGGUCCCAAUCGAACACCUUAUGAAGAUGGCCUUUUCCUCUUUGACAUUCAGUUACCCAAUAUCUACCCUGCGGUGCCACCACUUUUCCGUUAUCUUUCCCAGUGCAGUGGGAGGCUGAACCCAAAUCUGUAUGACAAUGGGAAGGUGUGUGUCAGCUUGCUCGGAACCUGGAUUGGAAAGGGUACAGAGAGAUGGACCAGCAAGUCCAGUCUGCUACAAGUGCUCAUCUCUAUACAAGGUCUCAUUUUAGUGAACGAGCCAUACUACAACGAGGCUGGUUUCGACAGUGACCGCGGCUUACAAGAAGGGUAUGAGAACAGUCGCUGCUAUAAUGAAAUGUCGCUCAUCAGAGUUGUCCAGUCCAUGACACAGUUGUUGCGCAGACCUAUUGAAGUUUUCGAACAAGAGAUUAAGGAGCACUUUCAGAUUAGCGGCUGGCGUCUAGCUCGCAGGAUAGAUAACUGGCUAGAAACAAAUGCCGUGGUGGAGAGAAGAAAGGCGCUGCCUAAUGGCCAGGAGCACCCAUGUAUCGUUCCUUACAGCCCCACUGAUCAAGAAUGCACUCCGGAACCUCCACUGAGUUCAAAGGAUUUGGAUGAUUCAGGUUGUGGAGCCUCCACCCUUUCUCCUGGGGAUACCCAGCAAUACUCUGACUUGGAGAACAUGGGCAAAGGAGUUUUGCUUUGCAGCAGUCCUGCUGAGGAGGCAAAGGGUGCAACUGGGGGAGCACAGCCCAGUGUGAAACCAAAGAAACGCAGAAAGAGCUAUCGUAGUUUCCUGCCUGAUAAGAGAGGCUACCCUGACAUCGGCUUUCCUCUGUUUCCCCUGUCAAAGGGCUUCAUCAAAAGCAUCCAAGGUGUUCUAAGUCACUACAAGGCUUCACUUCUGGAAGCUGGUAUCACGGAGUCCCGCGUUGACAGACUAGUACUACCAUUGUAAAAACUAGAGAGAGGCAGGGAGAUGCACAUGCUGCCUCCUUCCCCAACUUACCACUAAUAUUCACAAACCCUUUCCACUGCCAGGUGGUCCCAUAGGUCUCUGCAAUAUCUUAAUGUUAUGAAACACAGAACAACUCGUAAACACGAAGACCAAACAAGAUUGUAAUUGAAUUCAAACAUCUGAGUUUUUCGCUUUCAUUGUAUAUUGCUGUGUUAGUUUUGUUGCUCCUGACAUCAUAUGCUGGAGACAAAUUUGCUGCUAUGGGGUGAAGUGUUCACUGACCGUCUAACAAAAAAAAAACGCAAUCCUUUUCUCUCCUUAAAAAGCUAUUUAUUUUCACUGUUGCAAAAGAUACUUGGUAUAAAAAAAAUAUAUCCACCAAGUCUGUAAACAACCCAAUAUGGGUACCUAAAAAAUGUAGGGGGAAAAAAAACUGUAGAUGAGAAAUGGUGGUAUGGCGACUUAGAGUUGGCUAUUACAUUUCUGGGCCGGACCCAAAUGAUUAAAUUAAACAAAAUGGCAUUAUUAUUCUAAUAUAUUAACAAUCAACGUUCCUCAAUGGAAUAUAUACUACCCAUAUGCAUGUUUUGGCCAAAGGCUACCCUAGACUGUAAUUACGUUCAUGCACACAUAUCUGGUGCUGACAAAUAUUUGGUGAAAUUAAUGGGACAGUCAGACCUACCGAUCUCUUUAGUAUGAGCGAGAUUGAGACCAACCCUAAGGAGUUCUACAUCAAAUGUGUAAUACAUUUGGAGUUGUCUAGUUGUAUUUUAGAAGCUAUAGUUCCUUGACUAAUGGGGUUUGUCAUGCUUUAACCUACAUUAAAGGGUAUGGUACUUUUACACAUUAUCUUUGACCACUAUUUCAUUAAAUUGAGCGUGGGAAUUACCAUUGCACAGUACUUGGAGUAUAGUGCCUCAUAAAACUAUCAUUAACCUCAUUUUAAAAGCUAAUUUAUCACUAAAGACAUAUCUUUUGUGCAGCAAACCAUUUAAUUUUGUGUUUUGCUAAAUAAUGGAAAGAAAAACGUUUGAUAGAUGCCACCACACACUUUUUACAUUAUGAAAAUAAUGAAAUAUUGUACAGAUAUAAAAAGGACCAUCUUAUUAUAUACUUAAGAUUGACUACUCGGUGAUAAAUGGACCAAUAUGUUUAACAUUUUAAGCCAAAUUUCUGGAUUGGAAAAUUAUUUUUCCCGUCUAUUCAAUAAUAUUUAAUCAUUUUGGGAUAAAAUGUAAUUCGCCGGUCAGUUCCUAGUUUAUCAAAUAAUCCUAAUACUGAUACAAAAAUAAGUGAAAAAUUGCACUUUUAAAUCCUUUUUUUUUUCUUUCUAAAAAUAUCUCCAUAUAAAAUUAUAAUUGGUAGCACCUUAUAAAGUGCAAUAGCCCAAAUAUACACGCUGAAAAACCAUAUAUCUAAAAAAAAAAAAAAAAGUGCACACCUUUUUUUGAUGUAAAAAAUAACCUUGAUAGUCUGUCUAAAAUAAAAAAAGGGAACUUGUAGUUCUACUUUGACGGGAACAGUAAAGUAAAAAUAAAUACGGAAAAAUGGCUUUGUUAAUCUUUUGAUUAGUGCCAUUAUAUUAAAUAAGGAUUUUUUUUAUUUUUUUUGCGUAUAUAACCAGAAGAUGCUUCUCCAUAAAUUCAGUAAAGUGAAGCCUUCAGUAGCUACUAGUUAAAAGCUUAUGGUAUCAUGGUCCAGUGUUGUACCCAGUUGUGGUUGUGCCCUCUUUGUGCUUGAAGUAUUUACCAUUUUAAACAGGUCUGACGUCUUUAUAUUUUAUCAAUGGAAUCUUCAGAACUGAACAUUUUGAGAAUAAUGCUGAUCAUUGCUGCAUUAAGCAAACUAUGUGUAGUUUAUUUGUGAAGAUAAGGAGCACACUGCCACGCAAACGCCAAACAUGGCCAAAGUAUACCCCUGUAACCCUUUCCCGCACUCCGCCACACACUGCCUUACAUCUAGGCAUGUUUACAAACCCCCUUCCCCACAUUCCUAAUAAUGUGAAACUUAUUCCGGGGGACAAUUAUUGCCAUCUCCCUGCCCCUCUUUAAUGCGGUAAUAUCCUCUGUGUAUGUAAUAUUUAAGGGUUUAAAUAAUGCAAAAUAAAUAAUAUUUAAAAAGGUGCAAAAAGGAGCGCAUGAGUGUUGAUGGCCAGUAGAUAUAGGCUGCGUGAUCUUAUUUAAACCAUGUACAAACUAAGCUGCAAAUUUUUUUGUUUUAACUGAUUUUAAUCCCUUCUCUCCUGCAGUAUACUGCUUAACAAGCCUAAUAGUAAUGCAAAAGGUGUAGGAUACCUUUUUUGACCUUAUGGCGUUGUCUUUGCUUACUCACGUGCCGAAUGCAUGAAAAUUAGCAGCAUGCCCACGACAAUGUUUUGGGUAGCUGUGCCAAGAUUGCACCAGGCAGCCUGGAUCACCUAGGCAUGUUGGAUUCUAUUCACAAUGAAUGUCUUUAGAUUCUAAAAGAACAUGGGGGUAAAAAAAAAAAGGCUAGCCUACGGGUCUUACUUUGAAGGCUUUCCAUGCUGCUCUGGAGUUCAUUAAUAAGCUGAUAAACUGUAAAGCUAGUGUUGGGGCAGAAGGGGUUAAAAAUAAAUGAAUGACUUAAUUCCUUGCAUCUGGCAAAUGUACAGUAUUUAAAUGCUGGCAACGGAUCUGUUUUGAACCAAAAUGCUGUAAACUGCUGAAUGCCAGAGCUUUCUGAUGUGUGCGUGUGUGUAUAGUGCUGUGAUAUUUAAUUUUUUACAGGGUUUUUUUUCUUAUGCUAAUUUAAUGUUUGGAAAAAAAACUGCAGGAUUGUUUAAUUAAAGAUGCCUCUACUGACUGA